AUGCAGGCUCCAGCUUCUAAUCUCUUAGAAACCUUAAUGAGCAGGGCAGGUCUACCUUGUAAUACACUAAGCGAUUUAAAUCUAAAUAAUAAACCAAAUGACAAACCUGAUUCUGUUCGUGAGAGCUCUCCCAUGAAACAAAUCAACAAACUGUUAAGCUCAGCUGCAAGUUCUCUUUUAAACCAACUUGCAGGUAGCCAAAGAACGGAUGUAGACACUUCCUCUUCUGAUCCAUUGCCACCUCCUCCUCCACCACCGUUACCAUUCCAACAACAUAAUGAGCUGCCGCCAACCACUUCUACUCUGUCACAUUCAUUCGUACCUCCUCCACUCCCAGCAGUAAUUAAUCCGUUUUUUAACAACGAAAUCGGUGACAAAGUGUUGCCUAAUGGUGCAUGUGGAGAAACUAAAACGGAAUGUAAGAAACCUUUUGGAGACAUGAAGAUUGAGGAAGUACUAGCAAAGCGGAAAAGAUACGACUUCUCUUCACGUCGUGAGUGGCAAGAACGUAUUGCCUUGGAAGUAAAAUCAGUUUUAAAACCUGCAUACUCUCUACGACGUAUAAAUAAAGAAGAUUACAAAGAAAUCAUGAAAAAGGCUGUUACUAAGAGAGAUGAAAAUCCGACUACCACAAUGAACAGUGGAUAUUGGCCGAGACUGGCCCUAAAAUCACUACCUCCCGAUCCAAUCAGUGUUGGCUUUCACACACGUGUUCUAGAUUCCAUUCCAGCCAUAAACUCAUGUUCUCUAGAUGGUUAA